GUCAAAUUCUGUUGGAAGAAAUUGACAAUUAAUAUAUUGGUUUAAUUUAGACGUAUAUAGAAACCAAUUGUCAAGAUGUCUGACUUUGAUCCUUGCGAGUGCAUCUGGAAUCAUGAAACAGCAAUGCAGCGUCUGAUGAACAUGUUACGCAAUUCUCAAAAUGUUUGUACAGACACACAAUGCAUCGAAUCUCUACCUGGUGAAACGACCAUGCCUAACGGUGGUUACAAUAUGAUAGCUAUGAUGAUGAUUGGUUGGUUGGUGGUUGCCACAGCCUUAUUUCUAUUCAGACCAUCUAGUCUACGUAACCGUGGUGAUGGAAAACCCAGCAGACCAAGUGAUUCAAACCCUCCACCACCUCCUCCCCCUGCACCUCCAGCUCAUUAAAGACUUCACCUCAGACUAAAGAUUGUUGGAUAGUUAAUUUAGGAACUUUAAAUUGGAUGUAAAAACAACAUGACUUUACCAGUGCAAUAACUCUUUAACAAACCACUUCUUUUUCCUUAUACUGGUAGCUUUGGAAUAUUGGGUAUUAUGUGGUGAAAGCCUACCCAGGGCCGACUCUCGGAAGCACAGGCAUCAGAAUUUUUUUUAGUUAACCAGCAAGUUUUUACAUCUCAACUUGGAAAGUUCUUGGAAUGAUAUUUUGGAAAGAAUUGGACUGAAUUUCCUGACGAUCUGUGAUUCUCUUUUUUUUUUUUUAAAUUUUUUUCGGGGAAAAUUGGCUCUGUAAUUUUUGCAAGGUAGGCAUUUAAACUAUGUUGUAUCAGAGGUCAUUGACCCUUAUUUGUUUAAAGUUAUGGUACGGUACAAACAGAAACCAGUUUUAAGUUAAAAAUUGUUUUGGAAACAGUUGGCUUUAACUACAUUUGAAAUGAUUAAAAAACAUCUGUUUUGAUUUGAUGAAUUUUGGAAGAUUUAUUAAGGUACCGGUAUAUUGGUUUUACUAAUUUUAAUUUUAGGCAUCUGGGACCAUAUCUUUAAAUAAACUCAAAACAUAAGUUUAAAGGGAUUGUAAGGAGGUUUUCUAAAUUUUUUAUGUGUAUAAGGACAUUGAUAGCAUGCAACUAAAACCAAGUGUUAGACAAGGUCAUUAAUGGUGAAGACCGUAAAGCAUAUUUUGUGAUAAGUGACGUCAUUUACGUGGAACUGCAGGAACCACAGACAUCUGAUUGAAAUCGGAAUUGCGCAAACUGAUGUUAUCAGUGUCCCUGAUACACAUAAACAAAUUUCAAAACCUCUUUACAAUCCCUUUAAUGUUCUACAUGAAAGCACAUUCAGUACAUGUUUGGAGUUAGGGUGUUUACUAGAACUAUAUACAGUACAGAUUGUGUAGUUUUAGCUUAAUAUGCUUAUGUUGCAAUUACCCAGUAGGUCUGUUGGUUGAUGACAAAAAACUGUUAUUUUAUAGUAACUAGUGCUAUCAAGGCUUCAUUUUUGUCAACAUUCAUUGUCAGAGGUUUCAUAGUUAAUGUCAGGUAAAACUGGCAAAUCAACAUCCCGGAUUGCAACAGUAUGUAUUUUUUUCUUAUAAUCUAAGGGUCAGCUGCUUUUUGUUGUUCAUUUUUCGAAAAUAUCAAAAUUCUUUGUCAAAUAGGACAAAGAGUCAUCUGUAAUCCUGAAGAAAUUGUAAAGAGGUUUUCUAGUUUUUUUAUCUGUUUAUCAGGCCUUCUGCAUCAUUCCAAUUUUCGGUCAUGUGUUUCUGGUUCCUGUAAUUACAGAGAUUAUUAACCUUUCAGGUAUGGCAUACCAAUGGCAAAAGUUGCUCAUAUGAUCUUAAUAUCUUGAUAUUUAGGUCAUUUAACACUUAGAUCUAGUGGAAUUGUAAGAACCACUGAAUUCUUCAGGAUUGAAAAUUGGAAUGGAGUAAAUCGAUGCUAUUAAUGUCCCCCAAUACAAAUAUUAAGUUUUAAAAAACUUUUUACUUAAAGCAUGUCAUCACCAUUUAUCACACCCAUCUAUCCACAAGUAACUAAUGCCAAUGCACAUGCUUUCGGCUGCGAGUUUUUGAGAAAAAAAUUUAUGUGUGCUAAUUAUUUCGCAAAAUCUUGUGAACUUUUUUUGGGUGAUGUUUAUUUCUAUAGAUCUUGGGAUCAAAUUGUUGGUGCAUUUCAUGAGGUAACCAUAUUCAGAUUCAAAUUUCAGAUAAAUUUGCCUUUUAUUUAAGUAAUAAAUUUGCAUGCAGAUUUUGCAUGUAUUUAAAAAAAAAAAACACGGAGCAUGUGCAAAACAAAAAUGCCUUUCAUGAAAUAUUUACUUUUGGCAAGUCCAAUU